AUGGCCACGGCGCCCCUCGCCUUCCGCCUCCCCUUCCCAUUCCCCUCCGCCUCCCGCCCUCCGCCUUCCAGAAUCCUAGCCCCUCCCAACCCCCGCCGCCUCCCUCUACGCCUCGCCGCCGCGGCCGCACGACGGUUCCGCCCGCCCACCGCCGACGAUGAACCUCCUGAGGCCGCGGAGGACUCUUCCCAUGGCCUCAACCGCUACGACCAGCUUGCGCGCAGCGUGGAGCGUGCCCGGAGCCGCCAGCCGGAGAUCACCCCCGACAACCCGCUCUUCUCGUCCCCCUCCCCGGCCGGAGGCGGCGGCGGAGGCAGCUACGACCCUGACGACGAGUUCUUCGACGAAAUUGACCGCGCCAUCGCGGAGAAGAGAGAGGAGUUCACUCGGCGCGGACUCAUCAAGCCGUCCCCUGCUUCGCCACCGCCGUCGUCGUCGCAAUCGCAGCCGGAGGACGAGGACCUCGCCGACGAGCUCUCCCCUGAGGAGGUGAUUGAUCUCGAUGAGAUUCGGAAGCUUCAGGGACUCAGUGUUGUAUCCGUGGCGGACGAGGAGGAUGAGGAGGUGGAGGGGGGCGAGGACGAGAACGGAGACGAUGGAUUGCCGCUCGACGAGAACGGGGAAGGCUUUGAUGUGGCCGAGGAGCUCGGCCUCGAGGGGGCUAGGAUGCGGCAACCGACCUUCCAUAUGACGCUGGCUGAACUCCUUGACGAGAGCAAGCUCGUCCCGGUGGCCGUGACGGGUGACCAGGAUGUCGCGCUCGUAGGGGUGCAGCGCGACGCCAGCCUGGUGGCGGCGGGCGACCUCUUUGUGUGCGUGGGAGAGGACGGGCUCGCGGGGCUCACCGAGGCCGACAAGCGUGGGGCCGUUGCCGUCGUAGCCGAUCAGGACCUCAACAUCGAGGGCACCCUGGCCUGCCGCGCGCUGGUCAUUGUGGACGACAUUUUGGCCGCCCUCCGCGUGCUCCCUGCCUGCCUCUACAGGCGGCCGUCGACGGACAUGGCUGUCAUAGGUGUCACUGGCACAGACGGCGUAACUACCACAACUCACCUCGUCAAAGCAGUGUAUGAGGCCAUUGGGGUGAGGACUGGCCUGGUGGGCGUUCUUGGGGCCUAUGCCUUCGGCAGCAACAAGCUUGAUGCACGGCCUGAUGCAUCUGGUGACCCCAUUGCUGCGCAGAAGCUGUUGGCGACAAUGUUACACAAUGGCACUGAGGCAGUUGUGUUGGAGACAGCCACUGAUGGGAUGCCUCCAUCUGGUGUGGGCAGUGAGAUAGAUUAUGAUAUUGCUGUUUUGACUAAUGUUAGGCACACUGAUGGGGAGGAUGGCAUGACCUAUGAGCAGUAUAUGAGCAGCAUGGCCUUUCUGUUCUCCAGAAUGGUGGACCCUGAGCGCCAUCGUAAGGUGGUGAAUAUUGAUGAUCCAUGCGCCCCAUUCUUCGCAGCACAAGGAGGGCAUGAUGUCCCUGUGGUGACAUAUUCGUUUGAGAACAAGAAAGCUGAUGUGCACACUCUCAAAUACCAGCUUUCCCUGUUUGAGACGGAGGUUUUAGUUCAGACGCCACAUGGGAUCCUCGAGAUCUCCUCUGGGCUGCUUGGAAGAGAUAACAUCUACAACAUCCUUGCAACUGUGGCAGUUGGCAUUGCAGUGGGUGCACCACUGGAGGACAUAGUCAGGGGCAUAGAAGAGGUGGAUGCGAUCCCAGGCCGGUGUGAGCUAAUCGAUGAGGAGCAAGCCUUUGGGGUAAUCGUUGAUCAUGCGAGGACACCAGAAGCUCUGUCGAGGCUUCUGGAUGGUGUAAGGGAGCUGGGACCACGCCGGAUUGUCACUGUUGUUGGAUGUUGCGGAGAGAAAGAAAGAGGGAAGAGGCCGGUGAUGACAAAGAUCGCGGCUGAUAAAAGUGAUGUUGUCAUGUUGACAUCAGACAAUCCAGCAAACGAAGAUCCAUUAGAUAUCCUAGAUGAUAUGUUGGCAGGAGUAGGGUGGACCAUGGAAGAAUACUUGAAAUAUGGUGCUAAUGAUUAUUACCCACCCCUUCCAAAUGGGCAUAGGCUAUUCCUACAUGAUAUUAGAAGAGUUGCAGUGCGAGCUGCUGUUGCAAUGGGCGAACAAGGCGAUGUGGUGGUUAUCACUGGCAAAGGGAACGAUACUUAUCAGAUUGAAGGCGAUAAAAGUGAGUUUUUUGACGACAGAGAAGAGUGCCGAGAAGCAUUACAAUACGUCGAUCAAUUGCAUCGAGCUGGAAUAGACACCUCAGAGUUCCCUUGGCGACAAGGAGCUCUUUUAAACCUAGGCUUCACGGCGAACUCUGCGAAGGAGUUGGCGGCAGCGAUGGAGAAGGUGUUCGUCGUGCUGCCGGCGGAGUUCAAGGCGGGACAGUCCACGCUGUCGUGGGUUCUCGAUCAUUUCGGCGGCGGCAGAACCACGGUUGUGAUCACACAUGUGCAUGUCCCGCCAGAGAUGAUUCCAGUGAUGGGAGUUAAAUUCCACUCUAGUAAACUGAGUCCGAAGCAAGUGAAACUGUUCAGAAGGAUCGAGCAUGAGAAAGUGGAUAAACAGCUAGACGGAUAUGUUCAUCAAUGCUUAAAAAUGAAGGUCAAAUGUGAGAAACUAAUUUUUGAGAAGGAAGACGUUGUAGCUGGUCUGGUUGAACUCAUUGUCUUGCAUAAAGUCACUAAGCUAAUUAUUUCAGGUGCUGCAGACAGGCAAUAUUCAAGAAAAAUGGACAAACCUAAAUGUAAGACAGCAACAGAAAUUAUGCAGAGAGCUGAUCCAUCAUGCAAGAUUUGGUGUGUUUGCAAGGGACAACUAAUCUGUACCAGGGGUGAGGAAGAGGAGAUUGCACCAUCAGCCACACCUUUUCUCCCUGAUUUUGAUCACCAAGCUCUGCAGUUAGUACCCUACCAGAAAGAGGACGACGUCAAGUCGGAGUUGGGGUUGUACGAUGAGCUCAAAGAGGCAUGCAUAGCAGCUGAGAACUUGAUGAAGAGAGCCCUAAACGAAUCUUCCAGGCGCCAAAAGGCAGAUGGAGAAGUGGCCUCUGCUCUUCAGAAAGCAAAGGAAUACCAGGAGUUGUACUUAGAGGAGACGAGAAAGCGUGAAGAGCUUGAAGGAGCUCUUGCUAGAGCACACCGAGAGAUCGCUCGGUUAAGGAAAACAAACCAGGUGCCCGUGGACGAGCAAAACACGGCAACAGACGAACUCCAGGAGGCAAUGUCAGAGAGAUCGUCCCUGGAAGGCCACGUCGUCGACGUGGAUGCCGUUUUCGGAACGGCCGGUCAAGUAACUGAGGCACAGAAGGAGCAUGUCCAGAUACAAAUCGAUCUGGGCACCGGUGAAAGGGACCUGGAACUGGAAAUUCAAGCGCUGCUCAACCAGAGCAAACUGGCCGCGUUCUCGCCGUCGUCCGUCAUUGAGUCGCCCUACGACGAAGAUCGCGUCCCGUCCUACUUCCUCUGCCCGAUCCUUCAGGAGCCCAUGAGGGAUCCCCACGUCGCGGCAGACGGGUUCACGUACGAGGGCGACGCCAUCAGAGGCUGGCUGGACGGAGGGAACGAUGCGUCCCCCGUGACCGGGCAGCCGCUCGCGCACCGGGAGCUGGCACCGAAUCUCGCGCUUGGUGCCGUGUUCCAAGAUUACACGGCGAUGAAGCGGCGGCACUACCGAUUCGGCGAUUCGCAUGACACCGUUGCUGCACUUCAAUUUUUUCCUCUCCUGUGGGCAGUGAGCGGUGAGCUGCGCUUGCCAGGCACAGAUCACGCCGCGCCCGUUUGCAGGCUCCUGUACAGUUUGUGCGUACAAGACUACAAGUGGAUUGAGAAAACUGAAUUCUGGGGUAUCAAAGCAGAUUGA